UAUUUCGUACCGACUUGUAGCAUUCCACUGUACUUGCUGUGCCAAGGCUGAUGGCGAUGUUCCAACAUUUCUUCUUUUGUCUUAGUAAACGUCGAAUAUCCCGGCCUGUCCAGGGAUGACUGUGCUUCUUUUUGGGGACUGUUCAGGGUAUAAAUGGUUGCUACUUGAUUGUAUAGCUGCCGGAAAUGAGUCCAUACCUCUUGUACUAAUGCUCCUGAGUCCUUAACAUGCCUCCACCAAAAGUGAGUAAUUUUCGGAAGUUAUUUGUUUAAAAUAAUGUCUUCUACCUCAGGUACACCGAGGCUUCGAAAUUAUAAUAACUAGCUUUUGAAUGACUUGUAAGAGCUAUAAUUUGCUUAAAUUUAAACCUAAGUGUAGUAGUGCAUCAUUCAGACCAUAAUCAUAACCAUAAUAAUAAUUCAAAUCAAUUUAUGAUAUGAUUAGUGUUAGUUAUCAAACUGACUACACAGCGUCAGAUUUUUUUCGCUCUAAUGUAUGCAUAAUAAAUGAUUUCUGAAUUUCCUAGAUUCCGUUGAAUUUUAAAUCAUCUUUUGUACUCGUUGUGGUCUUUUUUUUAGUGAUUGAUAAUAAAUAUGGAUGAGAUUAUCCCAGGUCUAUGGCUUGGACCUAUGCCAUUUGCAGAAAAUAUUUCAGUCUUAAAAAGAAAUGGAAUAAUGUCAAUUUUAACAUUAGAUAUCCUGCCAUUAGACUGCAAUGUAUUCAAAGGAUUUAACAUGAAGUUCUUGUAUCUGCGUGACGAGCCAUCCCAGGAUUUGCUGGAAAUUCUUGAAGAUGCUUUAAGUUUUAUUGAUGAAAGUAUAAAAAAUAACUCAAAUAUUUUGGUUCACUGUGCUAUGGGUGUAUCUCGCAGCGCCAGUGUUGUAAUCGCCUACCUUAUGCGUCGAAAUCAUUUAUCCUAUGAAGAGGCUUAUAAUAUUGUUUCGACGAAACGGAGUAUUUUUCCAAAUAAUGGAUUUAUUAAUCAGUUAAAGUUGUUUCAUACUAUGAAGUGGACGGUCAACCGUGAUUCUCCAUUAUUUCAGCAAUAUAUGACGAAAAGAACCUUCUCAGUUUUUACGGAUUAUAAUGGUGAUCUUUUAGAAAGUCAAACAGUCUAUCAGUUGCACAACACACCUUCAAGUUUUAGAUGUAAAAAAUGCAGACAAGUGUUAUUCAAUUCUAAUCAGUUACGCAUUCAUCAAAAACCGGAGACAACACCUAAUCCUCUUAUAAAUUCUACAAAAUCCAAGAACACUGAUAACGUAUCUAGUGUAUUAAUCAAAGGUGUUUCAUUAAAUAACUCUCCUUUACAAUGUGAUAAAAAUGAAUUGUUCUGUGACCCAUUGGAAUGGACAUUGCACAGUACUAGUGAUGUUCAAGGAAAGCUUUAUUGUCCUGGAUGCAACGCUAAAGUUGGCUCUUUCAAUUGGUGUGGCGAACCAUGUGUAUGUGGCACAUGGGUAGUUCCAGCAUUUCAUUUCAAUCGUAAUCACAUUGAUCGUGUACCAAUACGUUCGAGAAAUGUGAUUACUAUUCCAUCGAAGCCUGUAGAAGACAACAAUUCCUUCGUUACGAAUACCGAUAUGAAUCAAUCAUAA